GUCACCCCCACCCCCACCCCCACCCCCUAAAAAGCUAAGCUAUGCCGCCAAAACCCUUAUAAAAUCCCCCCCUCUCCUCACCCAAGCUACUUCAAUUCUCCUCUCUCAAUCCCACUCACAAUAUACAUGAUAUAUACACACAAAUAGCUAGAGAGAGAGAGAGAGAGAGAGAGAGAGAGAGAGAGAGAGAGAGAGAGAAUGGAGGUUAUGAAAAACAAUACUAAUAAGCAGCAAACGGGGUUGGAAGUGCAGCAGACCCCGCCACCACCGUCGCAGUCGCCGCUACGGAAGAUAAUAAUGGUGGCGUCGAUAGCGGCGGGUGUGCAGUUCGGGUGGGCCCUACAGCUGUCCCUCCUGACGCCGUACGUCCAGCUCCUCGGCAUCCCGCACACGUGGGCCGCCUUCAUCUGGCUCUGCGGGCCCAUCUCCGGCAUGAUCGUCCAGCCCCUCGUCGGCUACUACUCCGACCGCUGCACCUCCCGCUUCGGCCGCCGCCGCCCCUUCAUCGCCGCCGGCACUACCCUCGUCGCCGCCGCCGUCUUCCUCAUUGGCUUCGCUGCCGACAUCGGCGUGGCCUCCGGCGACCACCCGGACAAGACCCCCAAGCCCCGGGCCAUCGCCGUCUUCGUCGUCGGCUUCUGGAUCCUCGACGUCGCGAACAACAUGCUCCAGGGCCCGUGCCGCGCCUUUCUUGCAGAUCUCUCCGGCGACAACAACCAGAAGACGCGUACAGCAAACGCGUUCUACUCCUUCUUCAUGGCUGUCGGCAACGUCCUCGGUUACGCCGCCGGCAGCUACACCCACCUCUACAAAAUCUUCCCUUUCACCGCCACAAAAGCGUGUGACAUCUACUGCGCGAAUCUGAAGAGCUGUUUUUUCAUCUCCAUUUUUCUGUUACUCACUCUAACCACCAUCACUCUGAUUACUGUGAGCGAAACCGUGAUUUCCUCACCGGAACCGGAGAUGACCGGUGGGCUAAACGGGAUCGACAAGGAAGGCGAACGGGCUAAGCCGGUCCCGUUCUUCGGGGAAAUAUUCGGUGCGCUCAAGGACUUGCCUAGGCCCAUGUGGAUGUUGCUCCUGGUGACGUGUCUCAACUGGAUUGCGUGGUUCCCGUUCCUGCUGUUCGACACGGAUUGGAUGGGGAGGGAGGUGUACGGUGGUAAGGUAGGGGAAGGGACGGCGUACGGGCACGGCGUGCGGGCCGGCGCGCUCGGUCUGAUGCUGAACUCGGUGGUGCUGGGGGUGGUGUCGCUCGGGGUGGAGCACCUGUCGCGCGGGCUCGGCGGGGUGAAGCGCCUGUGGGGGGUGGUGAAUAUCCUGCUGGCGGUCUGUCUGGCCAUGACGGUGGUGAUCACGAAGCAGGCCCAGUCGACCCGGCACGCGGCCAUGGCACGUAACGGCGGCAUCGUGCCGUCGCAGCCGGAUGCAGGGGUGAAGAUCGGCGCGCUGACGCUGUUCGCCGUGCUCGGAAUCCCUCUGGCGAUAACGUACAGCAUUCCCUUCGCUAUGGCAUCCAUUUUCUCUAGCACUGCUGGCGCAGGACAAGGUCUCUCACUUGGAGUUCUGAAUCUUGCAAUUGUUGUACCUCAGAUGGUGGUGUCUGUACUCAGUGGACCGUGGGAUGCUCUCUUUGGUGGCGGCAACUUGCCGGCAUUUGUUGUAGGAGCCAUCGCAGCUGCAGCGAGCGCGGUGUUUGCAUUUACCAUGCUCCCAUCACCACCACCCGAUGCGCCAUCGUUGAAGAUUCCGGCUGGUGCAUUUCAUUGAGUCUAACUUUUAUUUAUUUCCCCUUGUUUUUUUGGUUUUCUGUAAUUUGGGGCUUGUAACAAUGACCAUUUCUGGGUCUAAUAGCGUCAUUGCGUCACGGACUGUGCCCAUUCGCUAAAAGCGUGGUACAGUUUCAUGGUGUAAUCAUAGAGCUUUGUGUGUGAUCUUGUGUUUUAAUAUCAAUGAAAGAAGGUACUUCCAAGUGGUUAAAUGUGAA